AUGUCUACUUCUAUACCACAGGUUUCCCCUGGUAAUCCUGCCGGACCCCGUCCGCAGUCCCGUCUUCCCCUCCCAUUCAUUCCGUCCACCACUCAGCCCAUCCUCGAUCCUCGUCAUUUUACUCCAUCACAGGCUACAGCAUCAUGCCUCGCUCAAGACGCCGAUAUAUCAGACUCGAAGGCGAUCAUCAACGGAAAGAAUAUUCAAGUCCCCUCAUGGCGCAUUCCCGCUGGCAUCUACAUAUCCGUCAAUGUCAACUCCUGGAGACGCUGGAAAUCGGUCAUCAGUAUCUUAUCAUUUGAUGAAUCUGUAGUGUGGGGGAAUACUGUAAUCCUAUCAUCACAUGCAUCACCUGCCUUCUCAGUGGAGAUCAGGGCAUCCUAUGAACUUGGCCGAAUGCUAGGCGGUGGAGAGGUCAUCGAGAAACUUGAAAUGUCGUGGGAUGAGCUGCUCGAUCAUGGAGACGAACCAUUCGAUCUAUACUUCCCUCCCGUGCGCGGUGUCCGUCCUUCCCUCACGCUGAAGGUCACCAUUGUACAUGCUUGCGACAAUCAAGACGGUGCACUGUCUGGUUCCCUCGUAGAACCCAAGAUUUUGGUUCUGGACCAGUGUUCGGUCAACCAUCCAGACCACCCUUCGGCUCUCACCAACCUCGCGUGGGCCCGCCUUGUAGGCUAUAUCGGCAACCAUCUUCAAGACAUUGAUACCACUACUUCCCUCUUCCGCGAAGCUCUUGCAUUGCGUCCGCAGCGCCAUCCCGAUCAUCCCUUAUUUCUAUAUAAUCUCACCAGAGCGCUGAUAUGGCGCCACCACAAGAAAAGUACUGCUGCAGACAUCCGCGAAGCCGCGCAACUCUUUCAUGAACUACUGCCUCUCUGUCCAGAGGGCACCUACCUUCGUAGGAUCGUGAUCGACCUAAGCAACGAUCUUCCAAUAAAUUCAUCCGAUGAAGGCAUCCACCUUCGAAGAGUCGUCCUCGAGUUCUGUCCUCUGGGCCAUCAACUCCGUCCAAAAGCACUUGACAAACUUGCAUGGGCUCUUAGGUCACACUUUAUCCAGCACGGUAGCAUUGAUGACCUUGAUACGAGCAUACAAUUCGGUCGUGAAGCCGUGUUUCUGUGCCCCGGGGGACAUGCUGACCAUGAUAUCUACCUGAACAACCUGGCCGCCUCGCUCGUGCACCGCUUUAAUUAUCAAGGCAAAGCUAAUGACCUCGAUGAGGCCAUCUCUUUUCACGAAGAAUCACUGCACCUGCGCCCUGUUGGGCACGAAUAUCGUGAUGACUCAUUGGACAACCUAGGGGGAGCCCUCGUCACCCGUUUCAACAAACGCGGCGAUGUUGAUGACAUUACUCGAGCUAUUAGCCUCCGUCGCAAGGCACUGAUGUUAAGCCCACCUGGGCAUCCACGUCGUGACACCACGCUUGACAACCUUGCCACUGCGCUCAUAACCAGAUAUGACAAAUUUGAUGUCAGCGAGGAUCUUAACGAGGCCAUUGCUCUGUAUCGCGAAUCCCUUUGGUUAAAGCGGCUUGACCAUCCAGAGCGCCAUGCAUCUCUUUGCAAUUUGAGCUCGACGCUCUGCUCUCGUUUCGCGCGCACUCAAAAGAAUGAAGAUCUCGAGGAGGCCAUUGCUCUUUGCCAAGAAUCAUUGGCGGCUCUGCCUUCACUGCACCCAAACAGGUUUUUCAGCUACAUUUGGCUGCGGGAGGCCUAUUUGUCUCGUUACCGGAUUCUACACGACCCUGCGGAUUUGUCGCUCGCCAUGGAGAACUUCAGGUUCGCAUCAAGACAUCCUACUCAAGGAUUUCCAGGCCGCAUUGUAGCAGCCUGGAACUGGGUCUUUGCAGCAGAGUUACACAGUCAUACAUCUGCGCUGGAGGCCUACAACACAUGUUUCGACCUUCUUGACGGUCAUUUGGCAACACGAUCAUCGCCAACUUCACGGCGCGAAGCUGCCGCUUCCUUCUAUUACGCCAGAACACUCCCCGUAGAUGCAGCAUCAUGUGCUAUCCGCUACGACAAUCUCCGACACGCGGUUGAACUCGUGGAGCAGGGCCGUGGCCAGCAAUGGUCACUUGCAUCUCGACUCAGAACUCCAGUUGAAGACCUCGAGUCAGCAAAUCCAAAAUUGGCACACAAUUAUUUGGAGCUGAGCAAGCGCGUUUCCAAUGCUGCACAGAGUUCUGCAACUAUCACCGACAGCACUGCCGCUGAUUGGGCAGCAACAGAGUAUAGGAGACUUAUAAGGCAAUGGGAAGCUGCGGUAGCUGAGAUACGUGAUGUUCGGGGGUUCUCGCGGUUCCUGCUCCCACCUUUGUACGAAGACCUGCAAGUGGCAGCACGCCAGGGCCCGGUCAUCAUCCUCAUUGCCAGUCAACACACGUGCAGCGCUAUCAUUGUCACAACGUCAGGAGACCCCAUCAUGUUCCCUUUCCAUCGCUUCACCAGGGCAAUACGACAAGCAUCCCGGAUGAACCCAGCAGAGUCGAGGACGGAUCUAAUAGUACUCUCACGCAUAAUAUGGGACGAGAUCAUGCUACCCAUCGUCAACGUACUCGAGCAUGUCCUCAAACUAAAGCGUCGCUCUCGGAUCUGGCUGUGUCCAACUGCAGCUUUCACAUCCAUUCCUCUCCACGCAGCUAAUCCCUUUCUAACAAAGGCAGAUCGCUCUGGGAAGGAGCCAUGCCUAGAAGACCUCUACAUCUGCUCUUACACGCCGACACUUUCGGCUUUGGUCAGAUCCAGACAGUUGAUGAAGAAGCGUGUGCCUCCGUCUUUCGUAGCAAUCGGACAAACUCAGCCGGGUACAGGGAAAGGCAAGGCACUCUUGGCUGUCGACAGCGAGCUCGAGCUUGUCCAUAAAGUCGUCCCUGCAACGGCCAACCGCACCACUAUUUCUGGGGACGCAGCCACACGAGCAGGUGCACUUGAAGCUUUGCAGCAGAACACCUGGGUGCAUCUUGCUUGUCAUGGCAAGCAGGGCCGUACACAGCCUUACGAUUCGCAUUUCGUCAUGAGAGAUGAACAUCUGACGUUGCUCGAUAUUAUGGAGAGAGAUAUUCCGCACGCCGAGUUCGCGUUCUUAUCAGCAUGUCAUACCGCUGUCGGCGAUGAGGAGACGCCCGACGAAGUGAUUCACCUCGCAGCUGGUCUCCAGUUUUCGGGGUUCAAGAGCGUCAUUGGCACGCUGUGGGAAGUCGACGAUUCUGUCGCAAAACACGUCGUUGCCUUUGGCCCGUUACCCCAUUCCCCUAUUUUUUCGCUAAUCCUGGCCAUUGGUGAUGAGCCGAUUACCAGCACUUGGUGGAAUCAUACCAGCGUCUACCUCUUCUCCUCUCCCUCUCACCCGAACUCCAUCCGCAGUCCACGUAUCCUUACCCCCGUCUUCCCCACUCAGCCCAUCCUCGAUCCUUUCAUCAACGGAAAGAAUCUCCGAGUCCCCUCCUACCGGAUUCCCGCUGGCGUCUACAUAUCCAUCAAUGUCAACUCCUGGAGGCGCUGGAAAUCGACCAUCGGUGUUUUAUCGUCUGAUGAAUCUGUAGUGUGGGGGAAUACUGUAACUCUAUCAUCACAUACAUCACCUGCCUUCUCAGUGGAGAUCAGGGCAUCCUAUGAACUUGGCCGAAUGCUAGGUGGUGGAGAGGUCAUCGGGAAACUUGAAAUGUCGUGGGAUGAGCUACUCGAUCACGGAGACGAGCCAUUCGAUCUAUACUUCCCUCCCGUGCACGGUGUCCAUCCUUCCCUCACGCUGAAGGUCGCCAUUGUACAUGUUUGCGACAAUCAAGACGGUGCACUGUCUGGUUCCCUCGUAGAACCCAAGAUUGUACGAGACACAGAUGCGGGCCACGCACAUCUUGUCAAAUACGUGACGACCAACACAGUGUCUCAUCUGAACCAUGCUAUGCAGCGUUUUCAGUUGGUUCUGGACCAGUGUUCGGUCAACCAUCCAGACCACCCUUCGGCUCUCACCAACCUCGCGUGGGCCCGCCUUGUAGGCUAUAUUGACAACCAUCUUCAAGACAUUGAUAUCACUACUUCCCGCUUCCGCGAAGCCCUUGCAUUGCGUCCGCAGCGCCAUCCCGAUCAUCCCUUAUCUCUAUAUAAUCUCACCAUAGCGCUGAAGUGGCGCCACAUCAAGAAAAGUACUGCUGCCGACAUCCGCGAAGCUGCCCAACUCUAUCAUGAGCUACUGGCUCUCUGUCCAGAGGGCACCUACCUUCGUAGGAUCGUGAUCGAUGGAUGCAACGAUCUUCCAAUAGAUGCAUCUGAUGAAGGCAUCCACCUUCGAAGAGUCGUCCUCGAGCUCUGUCCUCUGGGCCAUCAACUCCGUCCAAGAGCGCUUGACAAUCUUUCAUGGGCUCUCAGGUUACGCUUUCGCCAGCACGGCAGCAUUGAUGAUCUUGACACGGGCAUACAACUUGGUCGUGAAGCCGUGUCUCUGUGCCCCGAGGGACAUGAUGGCCGUGAUGACUACCUGAACAACUUGGCCUUCUCACUCAAGCUCCGCUUCGUUCACCAAGGCAAACCUAAUGACCUCGAUGAGGCCAUCUCUUUGUACGAAGAAGCCCUGCACCUGCGCCCUGUUGGGCACGAAUAUCGUCAUAUCUCAUUGAUCAACAUCGGCGGCGCCCUCAUCACCCGUUGCUAUAAACGCGGCGACAUUAAUGACAUCACCCGAGCUGUCAGCCUUCAUCAGGAGGCACUGAUGUUGUGCCCACCUGGGCAUCCACCUCGUGAGAUCAUGCUUAAUAACCUUGCCCUCGCGCUCAAAAAGAGAUAUGAUGAAUUGUAUGUCAGGGAGGAUCUUAACGAGGCCAUCGAUCGGUUUCGCGAUUCCCUUCGGUUCACGCGGCCUGACUAUCCAGAGCGCUACAAAACUCUUCAUAAUUUGAGCUCGGCGCUCUGCUCUCGUUUCGCGCAAACUCAGGAGAGUGAAGAUGUCGAGGAGGCCAUUAAUCUCUGCCAAGAAUCAUUGGCGGCUUUGCCUUCACUGCACCCAGACAGACACUACUCCUACUUCAGGCUACGAGCAGCCUAUAUGUCUCGUUACUGCGUGCAGCACAAGCCUGCUGAUUUGUCGCUUGCAAUGGAGAAUUUCCGACUGGCGUCAAGACACCCUACUCAAGGAUAUCCGGACCGUCUUGUUGAUGCAUACAAUUGGACUGUUACAGCAGAGGAGUACAGUCAUGCUUCUGUGCUAGAAGCCUACGUGACAUUUUUCGAGCUUCUUGAUAGUCAUUUGGCGACACGAUCAUCCACCAUUGCACGGCGCGAAGCUGCCGCUGCCUUCCAUUAUGCUAGAUCGCUGCCUGUAGAUGCAGCAUCAUGCGCCAUACGCCGUGACAGUCUACGAUACGCAGUGGAACUCAUGGAGCAGGGCCGUGGCCAGCAAUGGUCGCUGGCCUCUCGACUCAAGACUCCAGUUGAAGACCUCGAGUCAGCAAAUCCGACACUGGCGCACAAUUAUCUAGAGCUAAGCAAGUGCGUUUCCAAUGCCACCCAGAGUUCUGCAACCAUCGCCGACAGCGCUGCUGCUGAUCGGGCAGCAACAGAGUAUAGGAGACUUACAAGGCAAUGGGAAGCUGCGGUAGCUGAGAUACGUAACCUUCGGGCAUUCUCGCGGUUCCUGCUCCCACCUUCAUACAAAGACCUGCAAGCAGCGGCGCGCCAGGGCCCGGUCAUCAUUCUCAUUGCGAGUCAAUACUCGUGCAGCGCCAUCAUUGUCCCGACGGCAGGAGACCCUCAUCAUGUUCCUUUGCAGUCUAUCACUCUCGCAGAUCUGACGAUUCUCAAGGAUCGCUUCACCAGGGCAAUACGACAAGCAUCUCGGAUGAACCCAGCGGAGUCGAGGACGGAUCUAAUAGUACUCUUGCGGAUAAUAUGGGACGAGAUCAUGCUACCCAUUGUCAGCGUACUCGAACACGUCCUCAAACUAGAGCGCCGCUCUCGAAUCUGGCUGUGUCCAACUGCAGCUUUCACGUCCAUUCCUCUCCAUGCAGCUAACCCCUUUCUAACGAAGGCAGAUCGCUCUGGGAAGGAGCCAUGCCUAGAAGACCUCUACAUCUGCUCUUACACGCCGACACUUUCGGCCCUGGUCAGAUCUAGACAGUUGAUGAAGAAGCGUGUGCCUCCGUCAUUCGUGAUAAUCGGACAGGGUCAACCGGGUGCAGGGAAAGGCAAGGAACUCUUGGCUGUCGACAGCGAGCUCGAGCUUGUCCAUAAGCUUGUCCCCACGACUGCCAACCGCACCACUAUUUCUGGUGACGCAGCUACACGAGCGGGUGCACUUGAAGCUUUGCAGCAGAACACCUGGGUGCACCUAGCGUGUCAUGGCAAGCAGGACCGUACGCAGCCUUACGAUUCGCAUUUCGUCAUGAGAGACGAACAUCUCACGUUGCUCGAUAUCAUGGAGAGAGAUAUUCCACACGCCGAGUUCGCGUUCUUAUCUGCUUGUCAUACCGCCGUCGGCGAUGAGGAGACGCCCGACGAAGUGAUUCACCUCGCAGCUGGUCUCCAGUUUUCGGGGUUCAAGAGCGUCAUUGGCACGCUGUGGGAGGUCGACGAUUCUGUCGCCAAGCACGUCGUUGAAGCUUUCUACAAAUAUAUGUUCAAAGAUUUGGAGGAUGGUGGUGUCAUGGACUGUACGAAGGCGGCUUGGGCACUCAACUGUGCUACGCACGCCGUGAAGACGAAAUUCUACGUCGAAUUGUUGUCGUCUGGUACAUCUCCAGUAGUUCUAUCUCGUUUUCGUAUAUUCUGUCGUGUUUUUGUUGACUAGAUUGUUCACCGAAGUCCUUAUGUACUCGAUUCAUUUGCAGCCUCGUCUUCUGCUCGAGCACUUUGAUAUAGGAACUGAGCCAGUCAAACCGACCCACGCGGCGCCUUCCAGUCAUACCAUCCAUGUUCCUUCAAGCUUCAAGCUAAGCUUCAAGUCCUUCUGUGUCAUGGAACCUCGACUAACCACUGCCAAUGUGAUUAAUGCCAAGUUAGAAGCCGGGCUCAUCCAUCUAAUCCGC